ACCCAAUGGAGGCGAACGAACCCACCACUGCUGUGAUACAAAUACUGGAAGAGGCCGAGAGAAACGGAGUUCAGAGGCUACUUACUCUAACUCUCUCCCUCUUCUCUCCUAGGCUGAACCAAAAGAAGCAGAAGAAGGAAGAGCGCCAUCGUCAUUAUCACCAUGGGCAGCCUUGAAUCUUCAGGAGAGAGGACCAUCACAGGGUGGGCAGCCCAGGAUGCCUCAGGGGUGCUUGCUCCCUUUACCUUCAAUAUCAGAAAGACAGGCCCAGAAGACGUGAUUGUGAAGGUGAUCUACUGCGGAAUAUGCCACACCGAUCUCCACCAAGUCAGGAACGAUUUCAAUGCCUCCAAAUACCCCAUGGUCCCGGGGCAUGAAGUGGUGGGAGAGGUCAUUGAGGUGGGCUCGGCGGUGACCAAGUUUGGUGUUGGAGACAAGGUCGGGGUUGGCUGCAUAAUUGGUUCUUGCAGCUCUUGCUCCUCCUGCCAAUCCAACAUAGAACAGUACUGCAGCAAGAAGAUCUGGACCUACAAUGACGUCUACCAUGACGGAAAGCCCACCCAAGGAGGGUUUGCCACCACCAUGGUAGUGAACCAAAAGUUUGUGCUUCACGUUCCAAACAAUCUUCCCCCAGAACAAGUGGCACCUCUUCUAUGCGCUGGCAUCACUGUCUACAGUCCAUUAAAGCACUUUGGCCUGUCCCAAAGUGGGCUCAGGUGCGGCAUUCUGGGCUUGGGCGGCGUGGGGCACAUGGGGGUGAAGAUAGCCAAGGCAUUUGGGCAUCAUGUGACUGUCAUCAGCUCGUCGGAGAAGAAGAAGAAAGAGGCGAUGGAGCACCUGGGCGCUGACGCCUACCUAGUGAGCUCAGACCAGGCCAAGAUGCAGGAGGCAGCAGAUAGCCUGGACUACAUCAUUGACACCAUCCCCGUAGUGCACCCACUUGAGCCCUACCUCUCUCUUUUGAAAGUCAACGGUAGGAUCAUCAUGGUUGGAGUUGUUCCUGGUCCCCUGCAAUUCGUGACCCCCAUGAUCAUGCUGGGGAGGAGAUCGAUUUCAGGGAGCUUCAUAGGGAGCAUGGAAGAGACAGAGGAGCUGCUGAAGUUCUGCGCGGACAGAGGGGUGAGCUCCACCAUCGAGAUCGUUAAGAUGGACUACGUGAACAAGGCGAUGGAGAGGUUGGAGAAGAACGACGUUCGAUACAGGUUCGUGAUAGAUGUUGCUGCUAGCAACCUCUAAGUGAAUCUCACUUUGGCAUCUCCUCUGGCUUUUGUUUCUUCAUAUGCACCGAGUACAUGAGAAGAAAGUGGUUUGUACAAGGUGCCAAAGCCCACCUUGUACGAAUUUCAAUUGUGAAAUAAAUGUGUGCUUUUUACGCUUAGUUUCAUGGGGAAAAAAAAUUAUAUUCCUUUUUUUUUUGGGGUGUAAACUGUUCGAUUUCGUGUUAGAUCCAGACUUUACAGAAUUCAACUUAUUUUGGAUUUGACUA